AUGGCGAUCUGUACUUACAAAGCACGUACGCUUGCAUCGGAAGCGACGAGACGACGUCAUCCUCUCAACGCCGUAUAUGAAACUGGAGAACUGUUCUUAGGAGCAUGCGACAGUAGAGGUGUUGGUGGAGUUGGUGUCCUCGUCAACACGAAUAUAGCAAAGAACAUCGACUCUUUCGAACAACUUACGACCAGAAUCGGACGUCUGCGGAUGAGAAGAUGUGGUCCAACAUCAGCUUUGACUAUCUUCGUCGCUUACGCUCCAACAUCAAGCUACGAUGAAGAAGAAGUUGAAGCUUUCUAUAUGGACCUGGAGAAGUUCUACCGAGAAGAUCAUGCCUUCUACGAGGUCAUCAUUGGCGAUUUCAACGCCAAAGUUGGCCCAAGAAGAACGCCGGAGGAACUUCACAUCGGGACCCACGGCCUACAAUGGAGCGACCAGGGGAAGAGGCUCUCCGAGUUCAUCAUGACGACUAAGACCAUCCAUGGGAACUCGCAAUUCCACAAGCCCUCCCCUCUACGCUGGACGUGGGAGUCACCCGGUGGAGGGUACCGUAAUGAAAUAGACAUCAUCGACAAUAGAAGGUUCUGCCUAACGGACGUCGCUGUUGUACCAAAGUUCUAUACGGGAUCGGACCAUCGCCUCCCCCGAAGAAGAUUUUCCUUCACAAGGAGAGCAGAGAAAGCCGCCAAGUUCAGAGAGAGAAAUCUCAGAAAUGUCAUCAACUGUGAUCUCUUCGCUACGCUAUCCGGCUUUUGGGAAGAUUCCGCAAUGGACAACAUCGAUGAGGAAUAUGACCGGCUCGCUGAACACCUUCACGACUGCGCGAAGAAGGCUGAGAGUUUUAAAACUACCAAGAGACGCCUGUCUCUUGAAACUCUUGAGAUGAUACGCCAGCGUGGAGCAGCACGAGCCGCAGGGAACCAAGAACUCACGCCGGUGCUCGCAAGGCUUUGCAGAGAGGCGAUAAAGGAAGACCUUAAAGAGAGAAGAGCAGAAGUAAUGGCUGAAGCUGCAGAGGCGGGGAAAAGCAUCCGUUAUGCUCGUCCAGACUUCGCCAGUCGCAAGACAAGGAUGACUGCUCUCCGGAACCUGAAGGGAACAACCAUUGCAUCGAGAAGUGGGAUGGAGAGAAUAAGACCAGAACAACUGAAGAACCUUCCGCCAGCGCUCAUCAACACCCUGGCGAGGCUCUUUACACGUUACCUGUCGGAAUGCAAGGCUUCUAAACAGUGGAAGACCAGCAAGACCGUGUUGCUGUAUAAAAAGAGAGAUCCACAUGACAUCAGCAACUAUCGUCCAAUCUACUUACUGUCCGUCAUCUACAAGCUCUUUACAAGAGUGGUCCUUAAUAGGAUUGAAAAAGUCUUGGACGAAGGACAGCCAUGCGAGCAAGCAGGCUUUCGAAAAGGAUUCAGCACGAUUGACCACAUUCACAUUGUUUCGAAACUUAUCAAGGUAUCACGAGAGUACAAGAUGCCGCUCUGUCUCACCUUCAUCGACUUAAAGAAGGCCUUCGACUCAGUUGAGAUCGAAGCGGUCGUGGAAGCCUUGGACAACCAAGGUAUCCCUACUCAGUACAUAAAGGUACUUCGAGAGUUGUACAGUCACUUCACGACCGGAAUUUCGUCAUUCUACAAGAAUAUCAUCAUUGACGUGAAGAGGGGAGUCCGACAGGGUGAAACAAUCUCACCCAAAAUAUUCACAGCCACCUUCGAGAACGCAAUGCGAAAGUUGGAAUGGGACGACAUGGGAGUGAAGAUCGACGGUCGGCAGCUACACCAUUUGCGCUUCGCUGAUGACAUCGUACUGAUAACACCUAGCGGAACGAAUGGUGACCGAAUUCGACGAAACAUGUGGAUGCAUCGGUCUUCAGCCGAAUCUACAAAAGACGAUGUUCAUGCUAAACGAAUGGGUCUCGGAUGCCUCAUUCACGCUCAACGGAACGAACAUAUCCGAAUGCACCAGCUACGUUUAUCUGGGUCGGGAAUUGAACAUGAUAAACGACCUGACCCCGAGCUGGGCAGGAGGAGACGAGCGGCUUGGGGAGCGUACAAGAGCAUCGAGGAUGUAGUGAAGAAGACCAGGAACACCCGGCUCCGUGCUCACCUCUUCAACACCACCGUACAUACUGCUUUGACUUAUGCUUCGGAAACCUGGGCAUUUCGCAACCAGGAAGAAAACGCGGUGAGCGUCAUUGAACGCGCAAUUGAGAGAGUGAUGCUAGGAGUAUCCCGUUUCACACAAUUGAAGGCCGGGAUUCGAAGUUCUCUCCUACGUCAGCGAUCGAAGAUUAGAGACGCCGCCGCGUUUGCCGAGGAAAGUAAAGUAAGGUGGGCCCGACACGUGAUGCGCUUUAACGACAACCGUUGGACCAGAGCCGUGAGCGACUGGGUUCCCCGCGAUAUUAAGCGCACUACAGGAAGACCGCCGACCCGUUGGUCAGAUUUCUUCACGAAGUCCUUCAAAGAAAAGUCCUCGUGUCCCACGCGAAAGGAGGAACCACUGGGCUACUCUGGCGCUCAAUCGGGACAAAUGGAAGAAUUACUGGCGCCCGCUCGACCAGUUCGAAGAUCAACGGGAGUCAAGGUGAUCGAGGUGAUCAAGGGCGGGUGUAGCGCAAUCAGUAAAAGGUUCCGCUGUCUGCAUGAUUGA